GCUUUCUUCACAUUAUAGUGGAAAACAUAAAAGUUGCUGCCAGAGAUUUGCAAUAGAUAUGGAUGAACUGACAACAAGUUUAAAUAACAUGUAUGAUACCAUCUCUAAUGAAGUCGAAUGCGAUGACGGAGAUAUAGAAACGUUUGGAAAAAGGUUUAUGCCAGCUUUCUACUUCACUAUCUUUACACUAAGCACAGUGGCCAAUGGACUGGUUUUAUACAUUUUAUUCAAAUAUGAGAAACUGGAACGAGUAACUAACAUAUUUAUUCUUAACCUGGUUCUUUCAAAUAUAAUCUUUGCAUCUUUUCUCCCUUUCUGGGCAAUCUACCAUAGGUUAGAGUGGGUUUUUGGAAAUGUGAUGUGUAAGCUGUCUGCUGCUGCUUUUUUUAUCGGUUUCUACAGUUCAGUAAUAUUCCUGACACUCAUGACUGUUGACAGGUACCUGAUUAUUGUGCACUCAAUAUUUGCUCUCAAGACCCGGAGAAAGCGCUAUGCGUUCCUUGCCUGUUCAUUCGUCUGGUGCCUAAGUCUGCUGACUGCCCUGCCUAAGUUCUUUCUCUACAACACAUUUUCAUUUGACGAAAAUGGUUUGCUCUGUGAAGAAUCAGGAUAUGUUAUUGAUGUUAUCAAUAGGUGGAAGCUAAUUAGUAACUUCCAGCAAAUGUUAUUAUUCUUUUUGAUACCUUUGGUUGUUAUGUGUUAUUGUUAUGCAAGAAUUGGAGUAGUAAUUAUUCAAAGCAAAAUGGUGAACAAAAGUCGGGUACUUAUUAUUAUUUUUAUAACAGUUGUGUUGUUUUUCUUGUGCUGGACUCCGUAUAAUAUAGUAAUCUUUUUGGAAUCAUUAAAUCUACUGCAGUCAUCUAACCAAUGUGAUAAUCUUGAUUAUCCAUUUUAUAUUUGUAAAAUCUUGAGUUAUUUACAUUGCUGCAUAAAUCCUAUAUUUUUCACUUUUGUGGGAAAAAAGUUUCGAAGACACUUGUUUAACAUUUUUAAGAGAGAAAUACUGUGCAUUGGAGUCGAUGCCAAUACUAGUGUAAGCGAUCGUAGAUAUGUUCAGACAAUGAAUAACUGACAAAUGCAUAAUCCAUCAGAAAGUGCUUUUUGCAAGUAGGUGUUUGUCACUACAUGUGUGCACUCUAUUACCUUUAAGAUUUUAAUGUAGUAUAUAACACAUUUUCUGCGAACAUGGCCCCAUUUACACUUGGCAUUAAGAUUAAUUUCUAUUGAUCUGAUCAUGAUCGAAACGAACUUGAUGACUAUAAAUACAUUUGUGAUCAGAUCGCAAUUGGAUCACUGAGACCACAUUCAUAGAUGGUCAGAAAUGGAUAGAGACCACAUUUUACACAAAUGAAAAUGCUAUUGCAUUUUUUAAUUUGCAUACAACAGCCAAGCACAUGCAAGCUGAUUUGAAUUUUGUGUGGGGAAUGUGAAAUCUGAUCUCUGAUAUGACACAUUAGAUGGAUUUUUAAGGGCAUGCGUAAACGAAAUUUGGCUAAAAUAUAUCCUGAUAAAUCCAGAUGCUAAAUACAUGUCAAUGCCAAGUGUAAAGUGGAGCUAUUUGUACAAUUCAACCAUAAAGUCUACCUUAAUAAUGUUUUAUAUUUUCAUAAAAUCUAUUAAUUUCUGUCUUUAUUAUGUUGCUGUAAAUAAUGAACUGGAUCACCUCCAAUAAUGAUUAAUACUCUUAGAUCUGGUAGGAACAAAGUAAUUGAAAUCAAGAUUUAUUCCUAGGGAAAAAAUGAAAUUUAGCUAAAACGUGCAAAUGAAGCUCUACAAUAAAUAGUAUUUUUACUUUCACAGAAAGAAAAAAAUGCUGAAAUGUAUACACAGAAUGGUCAACUGGCUUGAGCAGAAUACCUGGUGUUUAUUACAUAGCAUUCAGUACUUAAAAAGUGUUUGUUUCUGUAAUUCUAUCUUCAUAAUAUAUAUUUAUUUAAUUAUAUAGUACAUUUUAAAACUUGGUGUGAAUAUUUUUCAUCGCAAUUUUGUUUUAAUACAAUAUGUUUAAAACA